AUGUGGUCACUUGAUGGAUUAGAGGGUAGGUUAAAGGAACAUAGUGAGUUCAUUGACUCGCUAAUGUGUUUAAUUCCUCCGAAACAUUAUUUCAAGAAUGAUCCUAAUGCUUCAGACGACGAAGAAAAAUUUCAACCCAAUAAAAAGAAAAGAAUUCCAAAGCAAGUCCUUAAAGAACAAAAGAAACAAGCAAAAAGACAAAAGCUUGAUCCAAAUAAUUUAAAGACUGUGCAAGAGCUUCAAAUAGAAAAGUUGCACAAGAUUCAACAAGAAAAACAAAAAGAAAAAGAACAGAAAGAUGAUGAGGUCAAUAAAGAAGAAGAUGAUGAGGAUGAGGAUGAUGAUGAGAUUGAAUACGACGUUGAUGUCAAAAUUGAAAAAAAAGACAGUGACGAAGAACAAAUAGAGAAAGACACCGAUGAUGAAGAAGAGGAGGAAAAUGACAAGGAGUCUCAAUCAGAUUUAGUGGACGGUGCCGAAAGUGAUGAAGAUGAUAAGAAUAAAAUCAUAACUGUUGCUAAGAAUAAUGGUGAUAUCAAGAAAGGUGUAGAUAUUAAAAAGAGUGGAAGCGUUAAAAGAAAAAUUGAUGAUGUCCACCUCAAAGUCAAGUUACAAGACAAAAUUGUAAAAAUAGGAAGAUUAAAAAGAUUGGAUCCUGAGAAGGCUGCAGAAUUACAAGUAAAAGAAGCGUGGGAUAAAGCAUUUCUGAAGGCACAAGGAGAAAAGGUUAAGGAUGAUCCUAAAUUGUUAGCAAAGACUAUUAAAAAGAAAAUUAUCAAAAAAAGGAAAAGUGAAAAGGCUUGGGAAGAUCGUAUUGAAUCUGUUGAAAAAUCCAUGGCUGAAAGACAAAAAACCCGAACAGAGAAUAUUAAAGCUAGGAUUGAUGCAAAGAAUAAAAAGAAAAAGAAUAAACGAAAAUAA